AAGUCUAUUAGUAGGCAUAAUAGAAUAUAGAGAUGAAUAAGUAUAACUUAAACCCAGCUGUUUCUUAUCUUUCAUUUUAGAGAUUAGGCUAUUCAACUAGGGACAUGAGUCAUGACUUCAUAGAUUACGGCGUGCACGUCUGUCCAGUGAGUCUACCUUCCCCAUGACAUUCACUAUGGCUGCGAUGCGGACAAUCCUCCUGUCCUGUCUUCUUUUCACAUGCGGGAAAGUUCUGGGGCUGUCAGGAAACUUUUGGCACAUCACGGAUAUUCACUGGGACCCAACCUAUAAACACACCGAAAAUCCUGAGCUUGUGUGUGCAUCCAGUGGAAAACGUCCUGCGCCCAGUGCGGGAAAAUUUGGAGACUACCUCUGCGAUGCGCCAUGGGACCUUAUUAACUCCACAGUGUAUGCAAUGAAAUACAUUCUGCCAGAUCCGGAUUUCAUCGUCUGGACUGGAGAUGACACGGCGCAUGUCCCUAACGAGGAUCUGGGAGAAGAGGCGGUUCUCUCCAUUAUCAGCAACCUCACCCACAUCAUAAAGCUUGUUUUUCCAAAUACUAAAGUGUACUCAGCGCUGGGAAAUCAUGACUACCAUCCGAAGAACCACCUACCCCCAGCCCAGAACAACAUCUAUGAACAGACAGCACAGCUGUGGCAGGGCUGGUUGGAACCAAAGUCUCAAACAACCUUCCGCACAGGUGGAUAUUAUACAGAGAACCUGCUGAACCGACCAGGUUACAGGGUUGUAGUCCUCAACACUAACCUAUACUACGACCAGAACAAGGCCACAGAAGAAAUUGACGAUCCAGCCGGUCAGUUCAACUGGGCAGACCAUGUUCUUACAGAAGCUGCCAACAACAAAGAAAAGGUUUACAUCAUUGGCCACGUUCCACCAGGGUUCUUUGAGAAGAAGCGGAGUAAGCCUUGGUUUCGACCCAACUUCAACAAACGUUACCUAGAGCUGAUCCAGAAGCAUCAUUCUCUAAUUAUCGGACAGUUCUUUGGCCAUCAUCACACUGACAGCUUCCGCAUGUUCUACAGCUCGGAAGGUUCCCCCAUCAGUACCAUGUUCCUUACCCCUGGUGUCACUCCCUGGAAGACCACCUUACCUGGGGUUAUAGACGGAGCCAACAACCCUGGGAUCCGCGUCUUUGAAUAUGACACCCAAACUCUUCUAGUCAAAGACAUGGUGACCUACUACCUGAACCUGACCCAUGCCAACAUGGCCCAGGCACGCUGGGAGAAAGAGUACCGCUUCACUGAGAGCUUUCGUGUGCCUGACGCCUCCCCGGCCUCCAUGCACCAGGCCGUAGAGCGCAUGGCCAGCGACCGCUGCUACCUGCAGAAGUACUACGAGUUCAACUCAGUCAACUACGACCUGACAGAAUGCAACAGUGACUGCCGCGUCGACCACGUGUGUGCUGCUAGAGAGGUAGACUUUGAGAGGUACGAGCAUUGUCUGGAGAAAGAGAAGGCAUCAUCGACUGGUGUUGCCAUGUUGCCAGUUCUCUCUGUGGUGAUCAGUCUUGUCUGGGCAAGCUGUUAAUGAUCUCAAUGUCCACCAAAGAUAUGGACCCAUUACUACUGGCUGCCUACAAUGAAAGGACUGAACGGCUGCUCCAAUCUAUGGAGUCCUUCUCCCAAAUGUUGCGAUUAAGGACAUUUACCUUGAAUGAUUUAAUCAGAUAGAUUACUGUAUCCUUUUCUAACAUAAGAUCUUUCAUGAAUGCCUCUUUUUGAAUAUAGCAAUCAGAAUUCACAGAUUGACUGCAUGCUGCAUUUUCCAGUCUGUGCAUCUCAAUUUCAACCAUGUACCAUGCUUGUUAAAGUACGUCAUGCUAUGAAACUUUAGAAUAACAUUUUUAAUAGGAAGAUCCACGACCUUUGAUUUCCAAAAUCUUUUUCUGACUUAUUUUAACUCAUGUUAAUUGGUGUAAACAAAAAUGUAUACCACCUGAAAAUCUUUUUGAUACUCUAGAGUUACAGUUAGUUAGUUAGUUAGUUAGUUAGUUAGGUUAGAGCUACAGUCUACCAUCCUUUGUGGUAGACUGUAGCAAGAAUGAUCAAUGGUUUAAUUUCUAUAUAGUCCCUAUUUUAAUAAAUCACUUAAUAAUGUUUUGAA